GGCGAGGGCGAGGGCGAGCGCCGGGCUCAGCGCCGCUCCAGCUCCGGCACCGCGCUCCUGCCCACCGCGCGGCCCGCGGCGGGCGGAGUCCGCGAGAGUUUGCCCCGGAGCUCGGGGAAGUUUCCCGCCGAAGCUCCGCUCCCGUGAAAGCAGUCCCUGCCGGCACCCUCAGCUCCCCUAGCCGCUCGCCAGGUUGCUUCACGGAACGAGCACUUAAGAGGAAAAGAAAGGAUCAAAACUCUGUGGAAAACCAAACUAUGUGGUCUUCAGAAAUGAGAGAUGCAGCCAUCUGAAAUGGUCAUGAACCCCAAACAAGUCUUCCUCUCAGUGCUGAUAUUUGGAGUAGCAGGGCUACUCCUCUUCAUGUAUUUGCAAGUCUGGAUUGAAGAACAACACACAGGGAGAGUGGAGCAGAAAAGAGAACAAAGAGCAGCUUCAGUGACCAGAGAAAAACUCCAGGACCAUAUCACCAACCAGAACCCCAAGUCCCACAUGUCCGAGGAUCCCAAGAAUAAAGAGGAAAAUCUACUCAACUCUGAGAGGCCUAUCAGGGUCUUCACAGAGAACAACCACUCCCAAGGAGAGGCUCAAGUUUUGAGUAGGAUCACAGGGUCACCAACAAUUCAGUUGAUUGAAAAACAUCAAGGGACUAAGACCCUUUUCAGGAAGUUCAGCGAAAUGAAUUGGCCGGUGGACAUUCGCCCUUUAAACAAAAGCUUAGUCACAGAUAGCAAAUGGAGGAGAAUUGAUGCAACUCAAGAAAAACGCAGGUCUUUCCUUCAGGAAUUCUGCAAGAAGUACGGUGGGGUGAGUCGUCCUCAAUCCCAUCUUUUUCACAUGGUCUCCAGGAUCUAUGUAGAAGAUAAACACAAAAUUUUAUACUGCGAAGUACCAAAGGCUGGCUGUUCCAACUGGAAGAGGAUUCUGAUGGUACUCAACGGAUUGGCCCCCUCCGCGUACAACAUCUCCCAUGAUGCUGUUCACUACGGGAAGCAUUUGAAAAAGCUCGACAGCUUUGACUUAAAAGGGAUUUAUGCUCGUUUAAAUACCUACACCAAAGCUGUGUUUGUUCGUGAUCCCAUGGAAAGGUUAGUGUCUGCAUUUAGGGACAAAUUUGAACACCCCAAUAGUUAUUACCAUCCGGUAUUUGGAAAGGCAAUUAUAAAGAAAUAUCGGCCGAAUGCCUGUGAAGAAGAAUUAAAUAAUGGAUCUGGCGUCAAAUUCAAAGAGUUCAUCCACUAUUUGCUGGAUUCCCACCGUCCAGUAGGAAUGGACAUUCACUGGGAAAAGAUUAGCAAACUCUGCUACCCAUGUUUGAUCCACUAUGAUUUUGUAGGAAAAUUUGAAACUUUGGAAGAAGAUGCCAAUUACUUUUUACAGCUGAUUGGGGCUCCAAAAAGGCUGAAAUUUCCCAACUUUAAGGAUAGGCACUCUUCUGAUAAAAGAACCAAUGCUCAGGUGGUGAGACAGUAUUUAAAGGAUCUGACUAGAACUGAGAGACAAUUAAUCUAUGACUUUUAUUACUUGGAUUAUUUGAUGUUUAAUUAUACAACUCCAUUUUUGUAGUGUGCAUUCAUUUUCUAACACCCUGGAUGUACUUCAUGAUGAUGGCCUCAAAUCAGCUAGCUGUAAUUUUCCUAUAAUUCUCACUAUGAGAAAAAUUUAACUAAGUGCAGUUGUCUUGGUUUAAUGAAGGUUUUUUACCAAAGAGUAUGAAACCAAUUGGCACAAAGUUAUAGGAAAAUUACCACAGAGACAUGUACACAACUUCAGUUGCUCUAAAAUGUUUGGAAAAGAGCUGCUUUUGCAUUAUGGAUUAUAUUAUAGAAGCAAUAACCUAGCCAGCUGCUACAUUAGGUACAACUGCCUUUUGCAAGGGCAGGAAAAGCGAUCUAAAAUGGCAUGAGCGUGUGUCUCCAUCCUGGGAUCUGUUGUCUAAAGUGCAUGGAGGUAUUUUUAGCAGUCUGUGACAUAUGAAUCAACUGUUGCCUAGUCUUCUUACAGCCCUGGAAAGCUUUCCAUCAACUGUAAUGAUAAAUCCAUUUUGAAAUGGUGUUUUGGACCUGAACAUUUUACUUUAGAUUGGAAGGCAUUAUGUGAUUUACAAGAUGAGAAUACAGCAGAAAAACCAGAUGAAGCUAUGGCUUUUUAUAUUCAACAGCCAAUAAAAAAUGCACAGCAUGCGAAGAUCAAAGCAACAAAAGUAACCUUCCUCUUCCAGAAAAAACUUAAGGGAAUUGAUUCUGUUUCCUUUUGAGCCCCUUGUGCAGAGACAAAAUGAACGUAACCACUAAAGGUCUUCACUUUUGAAGCAGGCGACUGAGAAAUUUAAGCCUCAUCAGAUAUAAAUGUGCUCCUCAUUCUGGUUUAAUUGGGCAGGGGGGAAAUUGUUUCAGGAUGGAAUAAUCAUCAAAAACAAAAGUUGCCACUCUGAAUAUAGACCUCAAAUAAUAACAAAGUUUUAUAAGAAUAUUAUUUGAAUCAAAGCACCAUGUGCAUAGCUUUAUAUGUGGAAUGUACUCUAAGAAUAGCUUUUGUCUAAUUAUUCAGCUUGAGAAUGACUUUUUAAAAACUAAUAAACCACUUCAAAGGUAGGUUAUGUUCUAGAGAAUAAACACAGAGCCCCUAGAAACUUUUUUUAAUAGGCUUAUGCAUAAACAAAAUAAGGUAUUUUCUUUUCAAGUUUAAAAUAUUCUAUACUAACAGAAUCAAAUACUAUUGUAUUCAAGCAGUCAAUCAAAGCCUUCAGAAAAUAGGACCAUGUGUCACCCCUAUGGAAAGUUGUAAUGCAUUUUGGAAAUUUUUUCCAAGGAGCUCUAAAUCUGUAGACGCGUCUGGAUGGGACAUCUAUUUUAAUUGGUCAACGGUUACUCUGAGUUAAGCAAACCACACAUUCAAACCCUGUUUAAACACAUUUCUUGAAUAUGUUCCUCUUCUCAAACGGUUUUUUGUGUUUUGUUUAGUUUAGUUUUGUUUUUUUGGCUGUGUUGGGUCUUCGUUGCUGCGUGUGGGCUUUCUCUAGUUGCGGCGAGUGGGGCCUACUCUUCGUUGCGGUGAGCGGGCUUCUUAUUGCAGUGGCUUCUCUUGUUGCGGAGCAUGGGCUCUGGGCGCAUGGGCUUCAGUAGUUGCAGCACGUGGGCUCAGAAGUUGUGGCCUGCAGGCACUAGAGUGUGUGGGCUCAGUAGCUGCGGCACACGGGCUUAGUUGCUCCACAGCAUGUGGGAUCGUCCUGGACCAGGGAUCAAACCCGUGUCCCCUGCAUUGGCAGUUGGAUUCUCAACCACUGUGCCACCAGGGAAGUCCUAUCAUUUUUUCUUGUCGGUAAAUAUUCAGUAAUGCCUCUCAAAGAAAAGUAGGUAUUAAUAUAUGAAUAUUAAUAGACCAAGACAGUUACAACUGUGCUUAUUUCAUUUUGACUUCCCAUUUCAUGACUGAGCUUUCAUGAAUCGCUUCAUUCUUUACACCCACCUGCCGCAUCCCAUCUGUCUCCCGAGGAGAGGGGAACUGCAGCAGGCCGCCAGAUCAGAAGUAUUAAACCUUCUAAACCAAACUUUUACUACUUUUCCACUCUAUUCACUCUUGCCUCUAAACCAUACACUUAAGCUGUGCUCUCCGUUUUUAAGUAGUUUCACUCUAGAGUAAUCUAAAUUGUAUAAUUUAAAUUUUGCUAUACCGUGUAGAGUGGAUUCCUAGUCAGUUAGAGACAUUGAACUUAUCUUUUUAUGGAGAAAGAGAGAGAAAGAAUAGAAAAUAUGCCCAGCAGCCUGCCGUUUUAUUCCUAAACUACACAAAACUAGUUUUAGAUGGGAUCUGCUCUAAAGGAUAGGGGAAGUUUUAUCAAAGCUAUUCCUAAAACCAUAUAAAGAACAAACAAAAAACCUUUCUUUUCAUAACUUUGGGGGAAAAAAUGGAAAUGAGCGUCCUCUCUUAUUAACAUUUCUAAUGCACUUAAGAGGAUGGAGUAUAUAUAUAUAUAUAUAAACAAUCAUAUAUAUGUGUAUAUAUGAUUGUUUGGCAUCGGUGGUAGAGAAGAAGGGUGAGAGGACGUCAACGAUACACAGUGCUCUCUAUCAAAGCCGUUCUAUAUCUUACACUGUAAAAACUCCUUUCUUGACCCUUUCCUCAGACCCUAUGUAACCAUAGUUAGCCCUUCCGUCAUUCUUUUCCUCAGUGGACUCUCAUGCCAGCUGGCAUCCUGUGUGGUUGAUUUCCAGGGGCCAUGUGUGUUUUUAGGUAGGAAGAACAUUUUUAAUGUAUCUGCUCUCCCUUUUAAAUGAUGUCUUUUCACAUUAGGACCAAAGAAGCCAUCAUCAUCCUGGAUUCCUUGGGAUUUUAAAUACAUUUCCCAUUUAUCUCCCCUGAAUUACUCUAUUUCUUAGACCAGCUCACGUUCACCUUUGUCACUUUUGCCUGAGUGUAAAUGCCAAGUGUGAGCAUCACUGUUCCAUUGGACACUCACCAUUUCCUGGAUUUAGUUUCCUAAAGGCAAGUGACCAAAUCUGGACUCAUCUUCCAGAUGUCCAGUGUUCCCAUUUUAACAUUAGCAUGCUUUAGGUGUAAUUGUUAGUCCUCUAAUUAAACCCUAAGGAUCUUAUUUAUUUUUAUAGACAGCAGUAGCACAGGCCCCUUCACUCUGUUAUUCUCGUGUCUGGAAUUACUAUUAGGGUAACAAGUUGGCAAUGAAGCCAAAAACCACAGUUACUUAACCUGGUAAACUACCCAUGGAUAUGCAUUAUUGAUGUGAUUGCGUCCAGAAACUGCCGUAAACUUCAACGAAGACGUUUUUGCACAGGACACCCAACUUUCUGAUUUUCACAUGUAUUUGGAAAUAUCCAUUGUCCAUGGGAACAUGGGGCCACUCGCUAAAUUCUCUAACUUCAAGGUCUAUAAAUAUUAUCUAGCAAUUCAAGAACUACUUGGACACCAUUUAUAAUGACAAAGAGGAAAAAAGCCUGUUAAUUACACUUUUUUCAUGAAUAAUUACUCUUCAGGAAGGUGUUAUCUCCUAAACACUGUAUAUUAGUGCUUAGCUGAAGGGAAUAUAUAAGCAGAUACCGAGAAUUUUUGAAUAUUAAAGCUCUCUUUGAAAACAUCACUUGCUGAAUUAGUAUAAGUUGGAAUUAGUCAGCUGGGGCUGCAAUAAACAUCUCCCUACUCUGAAUUCUCAUUUGGCCCCUUGGGGCACCUUUAAAACUCUAGGCCUUUGUGGAAUAUGGUGAAGCAGAAACUUUGCCCCUGGCUGACAUCCCCCGUGUGUCCUGAUAUUUGAAGAAUGGUUGACCAAGGUGUCUCAUAGUAGCUCAGCCACCUGAGGACCUUAGACCAGGGCUAACAUAAUUUAGUUCUACCACUAGGGUCACACCGUCUCAAUCUUAAUCAUAAUCAUUAUAGUAAUAUUCAUAAUCAUAGCUAACAGCUAUUCAGUACUUAAGUGCUUUUCAUGCAUUAAUUUAUUUAAUCUCCAUAGUCAAUCUAAGUUAGGUGUUGCUAUAUGCACCCCCAUUUCCCAUGUAUAAUAAAGGAAACUAAAGCAGGGUGUGCUUUAGUUAAAUUACCAGCUAAAGAGGCAUAGCUGGUAAUUAGGUGGGGAGGCAGAAUGAACCCAAGCAGCAAAUACCACUACCAAACACUCUUCUUCUUUUUUUAAAAAAAAUUUAUUUGUUUAUUUGUUUUUAUUUUUGGCUGUGCUGGGUCUUCGUUGCUGUGCGCGGGCUUUCUUUAGUUGUGGGGAGCAGGGGUUACUCUUCAUUGCAGCGCGCAGGCUUCUCAUUGUCGUGGCUUCUCUUGCCGUGGAGCCCGGGCUCUAGGCACUCAGGCUUCAGUAGUUGUGGCAUGUGGGCUCAGUAGUUGUGGUGCACAGGAUUAGUUGCUCCGCGGCAUGUGGGAUCUUCCCGGACCAGGGUUCGAACCCGUGUCCCCUGCACUGGCAGGCUGAUUCUUAACCACUGAACCACCAGGAAAGCCUCAAACACUCUUCUUAGAAUAGUAUAAACUUAACUACUUACUUUUGGUUUCUCUUACCUAUAUUCAGAACAACCAAAGGAAAGAAAUAUAUAUUGGCAGCUGAAAACUUUUUUGACAUUUCAAAUCAGCUUAUUUCUUUAUUCCUGUUGAGUUAAAUUGACAAAUUCAAAGAUUUGAUAAAAAAUUACACUUCCUCUCUCUCCUCCUUUUUUUGUUUUCCUAGUUGAUCACGAGACACAAAGUUUUCAAAAAGAGAAAAAAAGUCCUUGGAACAAAUUUAGUCUAACAGAAACACAAUGUCAUUUUGACAAGAAAGUCCAGACAGAUACAGCAGUGGGCAAGGUCACCGGGGAUAUAGUUCAAGAGGAAGGGAGUUCGGCCUGUUUUCCACACAUCAGCACUUGAUGGCCAUUGUAGAUACUCAUGACUCAGCAAGUCAGCCAAAGGGAAAGCUCCAUGACUACCGUUAGAAACUAAGCAAUUGAGCUCGUAUCUUUUUCCUGAGUUCCCAUCCCCAGUACUAGUUUAGUAGUUAGAUAACCCUAACCUAACUCAGGAAGACUGUAGAAAAGAAUAGAGGAGCAGCUUGACUUAAACCAACUGAAAACCACCAUGAAAAAGUCAAAUUAAAUAAGUGCUCAGCUAGAAGGCGGCAGACUUUUCCUAGGCCUGCGGACGCUCUACCUGAGGAAGGCCAACUCUGAGUCCAACAGAAGAGUACUGCCCUGCAUCAUUUAAUUCUCAGGAUUGCCUAGUCCCUCCCGUCUUGGUUUUUCACCAGGAUCUUAUUCUUCCAGGUGAAUUUCUUCAAAUCCACUUAAGCGAUCAUUUUUUCUCAUCUCUAAGCCUCUGCUCUAAGCCUCUUCUAUUGAAAUACUUUCUCUCUGGACAUUCAUUUCAUGUUAACUCACCAAGGAAUCUUUUUAGACUAGCCAAUUUUCAAAUCUUAUUUCUCAUGAGUGCUCUCAUCAAUGGAAAAAGGCAGAAUGAUCUCCUCCUGAUACGACAUGCAUCCCAUUCUUCUUCUCCUGCCAAUGAAUGCAGGCAUUCCUUCCCUUACUUUUUUUUUUCUUCAUUAAUUUAUUUGUUCAUUUGCUAUAUCCCUCUUUAUAUGCAUACAAAAUCUCUGUUGUCAUCGGAAUGUGUCUUAGGUCUUCCAAGAGUGUUGUUUAUUUCACUUUGCACAGUUUCUAGCAAAGCAUUGCAUGGAAAGAGUUCCUUUAAUAAAUGUUUUUGUGACGUUGUGUAAAGGUUCCCCUACUGUUUCUCUUAGUGUAUAAUGUGCAUAUUUCUGCCUAUGACUUUCAGGCAUCUAUAGGCCCAGUGGAUCUAAAGAGGAGGUUCCAGAGCAGGGCAACUGGGGGAAGUGAACCCAAGCCACAUGCCUUUUCUAUACUAACAGUCACACCUUAACCUAAAGGAUAGCUGUGGACACAGCAAUCUUGUAUUGAUACAUUUCUAAGGUGACAUAUUUGUUUAUGGAGUUUUCAGAGGAAAUGUUGAAAAAAUGCAUAAUUCUGGUCAAUAUAAGAGCCAUUUACUGAGCACCUACUGGGUAGCAGACACUGGAAAAAUACAUACAUUCACUUGACAUGAACAGUACGUUUCAUACAUUCCCCAGAAUAUGAAAGUUACAUAUUAUUCCACCCAUCAUUCUAUAAAUAAGAAAACUGAGGAUCAGAGAGGUUUAAUGACUAGCUCCAGAGCCAGCUUCCCACCAAGGUCUCUCUGGUUCCAAAGCUAAGACCACACUAGCCGCCUACAGGCCAGAUCUGGCCACAGAUACGUUUGGUUUGACCUACAAUGCAUUUUAUUUACUAUUUGGAUUAGUUGGCAACAUUUUAAAUUGGGACUCUUUGGUCAGUGUUAGGGAAUUUCUGUUACCCUGCGUCCUACCUGUCUGCCUGAAAACAUGCAGAAUCAAGGUCAGCCCCUUCAGAUGAGGCCAGAGAUCUCUCUUGUUCAUGCUCUCCACCUAGCCAUCAUCACUCAUUUACCUUGCGGGGCUGACUCCUAAGUGUCCCACUUUUCAACCCCUGCUCUGAAGAGUAUGUUCUUCCAUCCACCAAGCUUCCAAAGGAAAAGUGAUUUCUGAAUAUUUUCUUUGUCUGUAUUUGUGUUGUGCCAUCCCUGAGGUCAUCACGUUUUGGGUUUCCUUAUCCUCACUCGAAAUGCUGCUUGUCCUUUGGUCUUCUAUCCAGUGUGAUGGCCAAACAAUAUUUCAUCGUUUAAAGAAAUCUCUUUUGACCAACAAAAGAGAUGUUGGGAGAAAUCCAAUACCUUUCUUUGGCAUCCUUCUGUCUUAGCCACUGGGUACCCCUGGAAAUAACCGUCCUUCCCAUCCCCUUCAGCAGAGAUGAGUCAUUCUCUCAUGCCCUCAGAACCUUGGCAUCUAGGGACGAAAACUGGUUCACAUUGAUGUAUCCAGACUCUUAUUCGAUAACCUUCCUGCAAAAACUCCUGUUUUGAAGGGGUACCUACUCUUCCUCAACUCUGAAAAUUGCCUGUUUCCCAGAUUUCUCUGAGGAUUUCCCUAUCUGGCUCAUAAUACUCCUCUCCAUCCCCUUCCUGCAAUUAUCCUGGGUGACGUUAGCAUUCCCGAUGACUUUCCACCAGCUCUGUUUCUCAGUGCUCUAAACUCUCUUUCUCCCACUUCAACGCUUGGACAGCUGGAGAAAACAGAAACACUGCCAUGAAAAUCAAUAGCUACAACUUUUGUCCCCAAAGAGCAAAAAAAAUCCUGUGGUAACCUAUACAGUACUUCAUUUUAUCCAUUCAUUUCCUCAAAAUAUAUCCAAGGCUUAGAAAAAUGUUCUUCAGAAAUAUUUUGAAUUGAAAUGUACUUGGCACGCUAGAGUAAUUACCGAAUUAAAAUGACAAUAUUACUAGGGUGACUGUAAUUAUCCUUAGGAAAAAAUAAAUCCUGAUUUAGUUUAUCAGUUCUUCAAAAAAAUAAUGUACGGACCACCUGGACCAAAUUUUUGUUAGAAACAGAUUUCUGUAGCCCACCCAGGAUGCACUGAAUCAGAAUCUCUUGAAACCCACUUGGGAAUUUUUUUUUAACAAUCUGCUGGGAUGAGUCUUACAUACAGCAAAGUUUGAGCACCACUUAUAUGUGUGUGAUUUUUUUAAAAUCCUAGUCGAUUGUAAGCCUGCUCCUUUCAUUCCAUUGCUCUGUUGAAAGUUAAAAGCUCUCAACUGAGAGAUGGGUCAGCAGGUGUUGGUACCAAAGCCCGGCAUGGGAUUUUGACCAGUGCUGAAGCAGAAACUUGGCAUCUGAGGCUGCCAACUGCAAGAACUAGAGCUGGAAUGAAGUGAGUUAUGGGGACAGCGCUGGGCACUGCCCAGGCUUUUUGAAAGCUUUCAGGAUGAAAUGGGGAGAUGGAAACUUUCCCCUUUUGAAACACAAAAGACAAAUGUGUACUGAGGGCAAUUCUGGCAACUCAACUUCACACUAAAAACCAAGUGAAGACAGGAUGAGUUUCUCCAAUAAAAAAUAUAAAACCUUUCUCAAAUUGAACGAAGAUGAUUGAAAAUGGAAAAUAUUUGCUAUUUGGGUUAUUAGUUUGAAAGCAAGUGCCCCAGGAAAUAUUUUGCAAUUAACUUAAAUCAUAAGAAUGUACAUUUCUUGGGCUUCAUUAAAGAAUUUGUCUCUCCUUUCCUUUCUGUGAGGUUGAACCACAUAACAUUGUCAACAUCUGAGCGCUUCUGACAUACAAUCACAGCAUUUUUAAUGUUUCCACUAUGAGUUCCACUGCUCCCUACCAAAUUCUAGCUACACUAGCAUUCGCCUAGACUAUCAGAAAUCGCCUCUGGAAAACGCCCUACCCCUCACCACUCUUCCCUUUCCUUUUCUCUUUUUUCCUUUUUAAAUUUUUGAUUGCGGUUAACUACACAUAACCUAAAAUUUACCAUCUUAACCAUUCUUAAUUCAUUAUGCAACCAUCACCACCAUCCGUCUCCAGAAUUCUUUUCAUCCUCAAAACUGAAGUGUCACACCCAUUAUUAUUUAAAUAACUCCCUCUUCCCUUCCUCCAGCCCCGGUAACCGCAUUCUACUUUGCAUCUCUAUGAAUUUGACUACUCUAGGUACACCAUAUAAGUGGAAUCAUACAGUUUCUGAUCUCUUGUGACUAGUUUCUUUCACUCAGCAAAAUGUCCUCAAGGUUCACCCAUGCUGGGACAUGUCAGAAUUACCCUCCUUUUAAAACUGAAUAAUGUUCCCUUGUACAUAUAACUUCUCACUUUAAUCCACUCUGCACACUUCGAAAAUAAACUUCCUACAGCAUCAUUCUGCUCCCAGCUUCUCAUUGCCUGGCUUUAAGACCCUCAGCAAUCUAACUUUUAUCCAGUAUUACCUGAUAAUGGCAUCAGACCCAUUAUUAUCCAGCCAAAUUGAACUAUCACAUUCCCUGAAAAUAUCCUUGCUCUUCUCUCUAUUUUGUUCCUAUUAUUUGCACAGCCUGUAGUGUCCAUGUUUCUCUCUCUUAAAUGGCCUCCUCACAGGCCCCCUCCAACAUGAUGCUGCCUCCCAUCCCCCCAUUCUAACCCCAUCCCUCCCUCCCCACCCGCACCAUCCCUCACUCAGCUGCUUCACCCACUCUGCCUGGGGAAUCUCUUCCGUUCCCCUUGCUGUAACUCGACCCAUAGACUGAUGGCUCCCAAAUCCUUGUCUCUAGCCCACAUGUCUGUAGUGGAUCUUGACUCAGAUUUCCAACUUCCUGCUGGACCCCUUCACCUAGAUGGCCCAUGGGCACUCCCAGCUCCACAUGAUGGAAGCUGAACUCAUUACCUAACCCCCAAACCUGUUUUUUCCUUAUUUGAUGCCAUCACCAUUCAUCUCCUCUGUCUCCCAUGACAGGAGCCGAGGAUUCAAGCCAGACCUCUCCCUGUGCUGACCCCCCAUAGCCAGAGGCAAGCCCCCUAACUUCACCACCUACAUCUUCCUCAAGCUUCUCCUCUCCUCCCAUCCAUUCUGCUACUUUCCUAGUUCAAACCCUCACCCUGUCUGGCCUGCAACACUGCAAUACUUUCUAACCGUCCUCCCACCCUUGUGCUCAACGCCAUCCUCCAUACUGACAUAUUCACUCUCAGAUGUAAACCCAAGCCUGGCAUUUCUCCACUUAAAGCUCCUUAGUAGUGACAAUCAUCCAGUUUUGUCUCCUAACACACGUGCAGUGUCCUCCAUGAUCCUAAUUCUUCUCCAGCCACAUUUUCUGCCAGUUCCUACCUCCCUGCUUCCUCUCCAAUGACCUAGAAUGGCCGUGAUCCCCGGACCGUGGGUGCUUUCCUGCCCCCUGCCUUUGCUCAUCCCGUCCCCUCUGCUGGAGUAUCAUCUACCCUCCAUUCACCUUCCGAGGCCUCCUAAUCCCUAAUCUCAGCUCGGACAGGCAUCCCUUGCCUCUGCUUUGGCUCACAUGAGAUGCCCUGCUCCUGUGUUACUGGGAAGCAAAAUCCUAUGGUGGUUAAGAGCUGGGGCUUGUCAUACAUAAGAAUUGGGUUUGAAUCCCAUGUCUUCAACUUUCAAACUUUGGGACUUCUCCAAUUUAUUUAACUUCUCUGAGUGCUAGUUUUCUCAUAUCAAAAAUGAGGAUAGCAAUGCCUACCUUGUAAGGUUAUUGUGAGAAAUCAGUGGGAAACUUGUGUAAAGUGUUUAAUAAGUGCUCAAUGAAUUAUAACUACUGUUAUUAUCCCAUUAGACCCUUGUGUAUCUCUAUCUUUGCACUUAUAGAAUUCUAAUUAUUUCUGUAUGUGUCUGGCUCCCCCAGUACGCUGAAUUCCUGUAACCCCAGAGAAGGCACUCGCUAAAUAUUUGUUGAAGAAAUGAAUGCAGGAACGGAUCUUGCACACCUACCCCUAUGUUGGCAUUGCACUGCGUCCUUCCCUUAUGGCAUUAUGACUUGUAUUAUGACAAUAUGAAAAUGUGUCUUAACUUUUCUGUUAGAUUCUAAGUUACCUGAGGGCAGAAACCAUGUCUCACUCAAUAAAUGUACGUGGAAUUGAAUUUCA